AACUCUAAUGUGCUAAUUUAAAGCCUAAGCUUCUACUCACUCACUCACUCACUCACUCAAUCUAUUCUUUAUGGCCAUCACCACCAUAUGCUCAUCUCCAACUCACUCUCCAACUCUCCCAACCAUUUCUUCACUCAAAACCCACCACCCUCUCCAACCCCAGUUGCAUGUUUCUACAUCUUCUACUAAAUUUGGCUCUAACAUAGUCUCCAACGAUGCAUUAGUCAUUGCUGCAGCUGCAGAGGCAGUUGUACUGGCCCAUGCAGCAGCUCAGGCUGCUAGAGAUGCUGUGUUGGCUGCAGCUGAGAUUGGUGAGGUGUGGAGUGACAGAGAGAGUGAUAAUGUAUUGGUGAGGGAUGGGAGUGGUGGCUUAGGAGUGAGGAGGAAGAGGAGGAGGAGAAGGAGAAAAGGGAUGGAGGAAAAAAUUGGAGAGAGUUGGAGAAUUUCAUCCGGGUCUGUUAAGUCUGGGAAUUUGAGUCCAAGGGAGGAGGCAGAGCUUUGCUUAUGCCUCAAGGAGGGAGCAAGGCUGGAAGGGAUGAGAAUAGGAGUCAGGGAAGCUCGAGGCUGUGAGCCAACCUCAAAACAGUUGGCCAAGGCCGUAGGGAUGAAAAGGAGGAGUGUAGAUAAGAUUUUGUGUGAUGGAAGAGAGUCAAGAGAGAAGAUUGCUCGGAGCUACCGUAGACUGGUGGUUUCCAUUGCCAAAGGUUAUCAAGGCAGAGGACUAAGCUUCCAAGACCUCAUUCAGGAAGGGAGCAUAGGCCUUCUUCGGGGGGUGGAGAAAUUUGAGCCUGAAAGAGGACAUAAGUUGGCAACAUAUGUUUACUGGUGGAUUAAGCAGGCUAUUAUUAGAGCCAUAGCAACUGACACUAGAUUAGUGAGAUUACCGGGAAAUGUGAGCAGGAUGGUGGCGAAAAUUGCAGAAGCAAGCAACAUCUUGACUAAAAGAUUAGGGCGGCAACCAUCCUAUGAUGAAAUUGCUGAAAUGCUCAAUGUGAAUAUUUUGACAGUGAAACUUGUUUCUGAGAGGAGCAGACCCCCAGGGUCAUUGGAUCGAGCAGUAACUGAUCAAGGUCGCAUGACUCUCCAGGAGAUCAUAUCAGGACCGGAUGAAACAGUGCCAGAAAAGAUGGUCAAGAAACAGCUAAUGAAGCAAGAGGUGGAUAAACUUCUCAAGACACUUAACAAAAGAGAAGAACAUAUAUUGAGAUUACGCUUUGGACUCAAUGGAGAGCCACCUAGGUCCUGUGAAGAGAUAGGAAGACUAUUAAAGCUGUCGAGGGAGAGGGUUCGCCAGAUCUAUGUUAUUGCAUUAUCAAAUUUACGACAGAGAAGUAUGAAAGACAAUCUAGUAGAAUUUUAUUUUGUAUAGAAGUUCUUGAUUUGAUUAAUAGAAUUAGAAGAUAGGAAACAAAUUGAAUAUGUCAACUAAAAUUUGUACAUUUUACCAUAUCAUAUAUUUUUUUUGAGCUGUCAUAGACCAUGACAUAGGAAUUUUACAUUCCUAUGCUCAAUGCUUUGGUUA